CCAGGCCAACACACACCACAGACCACCUUGUCACAUUGGUAAAACGACCGCUCAAUUUCGUUAUAAAAAAAUUAUAAGAAACUAUAAAGUAAAUUUCCUAUUAGAAAAUUUUUGCAGUUUUAUUUUUGCAUUAUAAAUGAAUAUUUUAAUGCUGGUGAAGUCUAUUGCUUGGGUCACGCUGUGCAGCUAUACCCCUCCAUGCUGCAGCUGGUAACCCCCGCCAGCGAAGUUGCCCCUCCAUGAGUCAACCACCUAAAAAAAAAUCAACUUUGAAAAUUCCCAGCUUCACCAACAACCACUUCCACAGCCAACACAACCUCCAAAAACCCAAAAUGGCCCCGGUAGUAGACCAGGCCUCGCUUGACGCUCUUUCUUCCCAAGUCGACAGCUGCCUCGCCAUCACAUCCCAGCUUGCCACCACUCUCGGCGACAUCUACAAGAAUCCAUCCUCGACUUUUACAGCCGCCACAACAUCUACUAGCACCCUCGACGCCGUUGCCCUCUCGCGCGAUGCUUCCAACCUGGCCAAAGCACAAGCAACCAAGAUUUCUCUCCUGAUAAUAAACGAACCCUUUACUCCGUCGGCCAUCACCACUGUUGUGCGUGAGCUUGCAGCAGGUCCUGUCCCCGCCAUUGCAGCAGCCGUCCAGGCAUGCGACCCGGCUCUCUAUACCAAUGUCUUCCGAAAGGAAAUGGCAUGGCGAUGCCAACGACUCCUAAAGGAAAUCGUUGAGCUUGUGUCCAAGAUCCCCAAGAACGGCCAAGUCGUGGCCGAGAAAGACCGAAAGGGCUUCUCUAAGCAAAAGGGCUCUCUUGCGUCCACUGGCUUGCUCUGGUCCGCCGCUGACGACGUUGUCAAGCUUGCGAAUAUCGGUGUAGCCGGCUACUUUAUCCAGAAAAUCAAUACAUGGCGCGAUACACUACAAGACGUGCUAGAAGAGCUCAAGGAAUGGAGCGAGCAGGAGCCGGAUGCAGAGACGGACAGAUCCGAAGCGUUUAGCGAUGACGACGACGACGACGACAUCGACGAUGCACAGAAACUUGUCGACGAUUUGAUGAAUUCACAAAAGACAAUACCCGAGGACGACCCCGAUGGCAUCCGGCCUCGCGUAGAGUCGACACUCCGCCGCCUCCGCCUUACCCUCCACCUUUACCAAGCCAUUUCGAAGCGCCGACUGAGCAAACUGCUGCAAGUUUUACCCUCGGAUACAGCAGCAGAUUCAGAUAUUCCUAAACGCCUCGACGAUGCCAGCGUUAUCCUUGAUAGACUUCCCGACAACUUCAGCGACUUGGCCACACAAUUUUACGACCUGGACAAUGAAGGCAUCGAUAGCGGGAUGAGCCAGUGCUUCGCGGACUCGUCUGCCGCAGGCGAGAGCUUCUCCAAGAACUGGCAAGAUGAAACUGACGAAUUCAGCACAUGGGUAGAAAAAUUCCAUGCUGAGAUGACUAAGGAAUAGAGCUUGCGCUGAUGGAGCUAGCAAGUAUGCGUCCAGUCAUAAGCAUACACACUGUUGACAU